AUGUCUUCAAGGGCUUCGCUUGGACGGCCGGGUGUACCCGGACCGCCAGGUCGCCCCAGAUCCAUCCUACUACUUGCAAGUCUCUGCAGUUGCCUUUUUCAAGAAUUGAUCGUUUCCCCAGUCUCAGCUUUUCGACGGUCCGAAGGUAAUUUGGUUCGCGGAACUGCUGUCGAAAAGUCCACUCAAAACACAGCACUCCGGUGGCAGCCGUCAGGGAUCGAUGGUAGAAAUCAUUUCCAUUUCGAACCUGUCAGUUUCUUGGGCCUCCUCGGGGACAACCGUGAGGACGAAGAUGGUUCCGCAUCCAAAACAGAAGACUCUGCUACGCAAGCUGGGAGUUCUACGGUAGCAGCUGAAGAACAGAAGGCAGCUGAAGCGGAAUCACAACAGUCGGAGUCGCAAGGGACUGCAGAGAAAGGGCACGAUUCACAGGAUGCGCCGCAUGCGGAGCCAGCGAAAUCUGAGGAACAACCCACCAAGGAAGCUCAUGGAGCUAAUGGGAAGGGGGUAGCUGCUUCUGGACAGGAUGAUACUGUGACAGGAGAGGGUAAGAAGCCGGAAGAGUUAACUGAACAAGAUUUUAAACAAAUGAGCACGAGUCAAGGUCUCUCUAUCUUGCUGGGCCAAGGAAAGGGGAUGAUGCAAGAAGCUGAGCACACACUGGAUGGUGUCAAUGCCGUCGUUAGCAUUACUGAUCUUAUGGGGAAAGUACGCGACGACAUCAGGAAAGAUGUUGAAGCCCUGAACCGCACGGUUACUGAAGAGUACCAAAAUAUCGAACAGCUCAGGCAAUUACAAGAUGCUCAAACGGCUGUCCUUCGCUCUCAGCUGAACUACCUCAUUCCCCUGAAUCGUCCUGAAGCCCCAGCUCAACCCGAGGUUGCAGCAACAGCAGAACAAUCUGGGUCGUCUUCGUCAAUCAGUUUCUACGGAGUUUUUGGUGCAGUGUGCGUUGCUGUGGUUACUAUUUUCUUGUCGGAAGCUCAUAUCUCCUCGGGGAACUAA